GCACUUUGUCAAGUUUAAACAAUGGGCUUUCAUGGGAGACGACAGAUGCUGCUAGCUUCCUUCCUGCUGGUGCUGCUACAAGUGGGGCUCCAGACGGAGGCCAGGCCACAGGAAGUGAUCACAGUUGCUGCAGAGGAGAACGAGACCAAGGUGGUGAUCAAAAAGGAGGGCGGCGAUGGUGAUGGGGAUGGCGAUGAUGACGAUUCAUCCUCCGAGGAAACAGUCGAGGACUCCGAAGAGACUGCACGCAGACGUCGCGAGGUCGGCACGGAUGAUGCUUUGUUGCCACGCGCGGGAAUUCCAGGUUUGCCAGACCCGGCCACCAUUAUCAAGAUCGUUGAGCUUUUUCAAUCCGUAGGCCAGCAAAUCGUCCCAAUUCUGCUGGAGGCUGUUCUACCUAGCCCGGACGCAGUAGGCGAUCGCAUAGCCAGGUCCCUCCAGUUUUUGAACAACUUUAAGAGCAGCUUGGAUGGGUUUUCCGAGGAGAGGAAGUAAAAUUCACAUUCUAUCGCUGUAAAAAGGCUAACAUUUGAAGAACUGAGCUGGUGACUGCGGUGAUUUUGCAACCCAACCCUCAGAUAGAUGCAGAUUUGGGCAAUAAUAGAGAGUAGCUUAGAAGCUCACGGUUUGUGAUAAGUUUUAUUUGCUUUAUUUGCGUAUAAAUAUUAAAUUGUGUCCUGGAAAAUACA